UUUUUCUUUGAGAAAAACUGUUGAGUUUAAUUAGUGAAUUGGUAAAAUCUUCAAAAGAAUAAAAAAUAAAAAAAAAAUUAGUAAAAAAUAGAAAAGAAGAGAAACCAACGGCGCCGUUUGCAUUCCGAGAGGAAGUGUAGAUCCAAAUAGGCUACAAAUUCGAUUUACUCAUCAGUUCAGUCCCUCAAAGGCUCAGAGACCCAAAAACAGCGACAGAGCUUUUCCGAGAUGCCGUCCCCUAAACCCUUGGCGACUGCCGCCGGCAUGUUGCGGUCCCGAUUGAGCUCCGCCGUCCGCACCAGAGGAGGAGACGCCCACGGCCCCAGCAGAUGGUCUACGCCCGGCCACCAAGAGCGACCCAACGGAUACCUAUUCAACCGGACUCCGCCACCGCCGGGACAAUCCCGCAAAUGGGAGGACUGGGAGCUUCCCUGCUACAUCACCAGCUUCCUUACCAUCGUUAUUCUCGGCGUUGGGCUGAAUGCUAAGCCCGAUCUCACGAUUGAAACUUGGGCUCACCAGAAAGCCCUAGAACGCCUCGAGCUUGAAGCCGCAUCUUCCCAAGAGUCUGAUUAGUUUCGAUGAUGAUGAAAUUAUCGUUGUGGGUAUGAAUUUCCAUGUUCAUAUGUUUGUGUUGGUCUAGUGUUGAAAGCAAAUAAGGGUUUUUUUUGUUUGACUUCUGAGAUGGGGAUCAAACGGAGUUAUGGAACGUUUAUAUUUUCAUUUGCGCUUUCUUUCAUUUACUGGAAUUUUGACGAUGUUAACCUUAUGAUGUUGCAAUCAAUAUAUGUUAAUUUUCCCUCAAAACCUUGUUCUUUUUGCUUACGGAUAAUUCAAGUUUAUGUUUUGAAGAUGGAGAAUCCUCUUUGGAUUGUUUUGAUCAUUAGCUGGAUACAAUUUAAAUUCGUUAUAUGAUAUUUGUUUGAUUAUGGAUUA